CCUGGGAAGCUCCGCAUUCUACAUGAUGCGCUUCUGCCCUUUUUGUCAAAGGGCUCUCCUCAUGCUCCAUGCAAAAAAUAUUGACCAUGAAGUUGUCAAUAUCAACCUCAAGGACAAGCCCGAAUGGCAUUUCAAGUUGAAUCCGGCUGGCAAGGUCCCGAUACUCCAACAGGAUGACAAGCUGGUCUGCGAAUCGUUGGUUGUGUCCGAGUAUUUGGACGAUGCGUAUGGAAAGGAGAAGCUUCUGCCAACUGACCCUUACCUCAAAGCGAGGCAGAAGAUGUUUAUUGAAGUUGGCUCUGCGGCUUUGAUGCCAGUGCUGAGAUACACUACAACAAGGACAACAGAGUCGAGUCUGUGGAAAGAGUUCAAGGAGAAGGUGCAAGCUUACGAAGAGGAACUGUCCUGCAAAAAGACUCUCUACAUUUCUGGUGACAAGCCUGGUUUUGCAGACUACAUGGUGUGGCCCUUCUUUCCUCGGAUGCAAGCCUUUGCAACCAUCUUUCCCGAGUUAAAGCCUCCGACUGCUGAAGAGUUCCCUCACCUUCACAAGUGGAUUCAAGCUAUGAAGAAAGACAAAGCAGUUACAACUACUCUUAAUGAGCAAUACCUGCUGCAGCACACCAAGAGUGUGCUUGACAACAAUGUGGAUUAUGAUGUGGGCCUGUGAUUACGCAUGUAACCGAGUAUGGUUAUGUGAGCAGUACAGGGCACCAUCUCGCCAGAAAAAGGCGCUGUUCUUGAAACAAGUUUCGGAGUAACAGGGAUUUGUAAAGUUAACGCUAUUUAUGCUUAUAUUGUAUAUAUACUUUCAGUUACGGCCAACCUACUCAUACUAUGCAUCUCUGGGAUCCUUGCAAUGCUUAUAUCUUUUUUUAUAUAUUUGCGUUUGAAUUAAUAAAGUGAAGCAGCUAUUCCGCAUGCUCCUCUUGCACAGCAUACAUCCCUGUGUUUACCAAAAACCAUCAGCUGCAGUUAUGUUGAGAGCCUGUUCAGCUACACUAUUUGCAUAGCACCCCUGACGUGUCAAAUUUGUAGUUUCUUACCACUGAUGCUUCACUCAAGUUUCUGUUCUUGGAAGAAUGAGUAUUUUGAAGCAGCAAUAUCAUGUUGACCUGCUUUAGGCAACUACGUAGUGCAGAACUAAACAUUUUGCAUGAAUAAUCAUAUUGUUCUUGUUUGAUUAGUUGUAAUGGGUGUAAUAUUUAUUCCACGUUGAACAGGGCUUGGUUAACAGCCUUUUUGCAGUUUUGGUGCAUCAUUUUCCUGUCAAGUGUGGCAAGUUGGGAGGGUUGGUAACGUUGCAUUGAAAUGGACAUAACAGGAGCCCUUCUCUUUUCUUAGUCCACCUUUUUUUUUUUUGUGCUGCCUAACAUUAUUGCAUGAUGUUGGUCUGCUUACGUGUUUUGCUGGCAUUGAUCGUUGGGAACUUCUGUAUUGUGAUAGCGGGUACACGAUCUAUGUACUUGACCAUUUGCACUGGCAGGGGCUUGUAUUUUAUUGUUAUAGUACUGUGAUAGCUCCUACUGGAGUGUUGAAGGAGUGUACCUAGAAUCCCUGCUGCGGCAGCCGCAUUUUCGAUGGAGGCGAAAAUGCUUGAGGCCUGUGUACUUAGAUUUAGGUGCACGUUAAAGAACACCAGAUGGUCAAAAUUUCCGGAGCCCUCCACUACAGCGUCUCUCAUAAUCAAACCGUGGUUGUGGUAUGUUAAACCCCACCAAUUAUUAGAAGGAGUGCACCUACAGCUUUGUUGCUUUGACCAUAUUUGUUCCUCAGAGAAAUGUUGAUGCAAUUUCCGACAUGUGAAGUAUGGAAUCGAACACUGAGCAGAGGUACACAUGGGAACAUGUGUUGUUGCUACUGAAUGGCUUUUAGUUUCUGGAGCUUUUAAAAUAUUCUUGGACAGUUCAGAAGUAGAUAAAUGAAAGCAGAAAAAGUCGAUGAUAUGGUAUGUGCACCCAGGUGUGGUUGUGCAUUUCCAGCCAUAGUUGCUUGGAAAGUCAAGAGUUGUAAAACAUAUUUGCUGCUUAUGUCAGGCCCUUUCAGUGAGGCCACUUAAGAAGCUGUGAUUGCCACCGCUUUUGCAUUCUUGUUAC